CAGAAGGUGAGAGCCUGACAAGAGCAGGGAGAUUUGUGCCAGGCGAGGUUUGGCAGUGCUUAGCCCAGACCCCAGGAAAGAAAGGCCGGCCAUGCAGCCGCCUGUGGGACAAAGUCUGGCUCCCAGCAGCUCCACAGAGGCUCUGGCACAGGAGCCUCCUCCACCAGGCGCCUCUGUGGGCUCAGACCCAGCAGUGGCCACAUCCUGCGCCCUGCCCGGAGCUGUGGGGCUGCCUGGGGGGGCCCCGAGGCCGCUGCUGAUGGAGCUGCUUGGCUCUCGGCAGCGCUGCUGUGUCUGCGGCCAGAGCGGGGCCACCAUCAUGUGCUGCGAGGAAAACUGUGACAGAUGGUUCCACCUGCCCUGUGCCAAGGAAGGCGGCUGUGUCACUCAAUAUAUUUCAAAUUAUAGCUCCUACUGCUCUGAGCACCGUCCAGAGCAGGACGUGCAGGAGACUCCAGAGCCAGACACCAAAUGCCCCAUCUGCCUGGAGCCUGUGGAGGAUAGAAAUACCUUCACCACCAUGGUGUGCCCAGCGUGCAAAAGGGCCUGGUUCCACAGGGACUGCAUCCAGGGACAGGCCAUGCGCUCUGGUCUUUUAUGCCUCCAUUGCCCCCUCUGCAGAGACCUUCAAGAAUUUCUUGUACAUAUGUUCAUCAUGGGGAUCCGCGUCCCCUUCAGACUGCCAACAUGGGAGGACAACGAUGCCUUCGCCGACCUAGAAGAGAGGCACAGCUGGUGCAAUGCCAGGAAAUGCCUUUACCCAGGAGGCAGGGAGCAAGCAGAGGAAGAGGGGCCCUGGGAACUGCUCCUAUGUUCCUCCUGUGCUGCUGAAGGCACCCACAGGCGCUGCUCUGGCCUGACAGCAAAGAGAACUAGUUGGGAGUGUGACAGCUGUGCUGGUCUUGGCACAGCCCCCAGGGAUGUGCCAGAGAUCAAUGGCUGCAGCCUGGCUGGACAGUCACGACUGGGGCCUUCUCACAGUUCUCCAGAAUCAGAGGACGGCAGUUCCAGCUCCUCCAGCCCGGGGCCAUCAGGUCUGGCUCCCCAAACUUUGCCUCUAGAGACCCACAGCCGCAGCAGACGCCGACGUGCAGCAUCACAGCAGUUGCUGCCAUAUUCCUCUCGGAAGAGCAGAAGCCGCAGCGCACACAGGGAGGCAACACCAGGGUCAGAAAACCGUAGAUCCUCAGACCCUGAGCACAGGGUCCGUUCCAGAUGUGCUGGGCCUGACUGCAGGCGAAACCGCUCUCGCCAGCAAGAGAGAGCACCAGCAGCUGCAGCAGACUGCAGCGUUCCUGCACAGGAACUCAGGCUGACAGCUGCCAUGUGUGACAGGAAGGAGGAGGCCCCUGAUGCCAGGGAGCCAGCAUGCAUGCUGUGUCACCGCACGGAGGCCGACCCGGACAUCUGCGGCAACAAAGUGGAGAAGUUUGGGCUCUGUGCCCACACGUUCUGCCUGGCAACAAUCGUGUAG